AUGGCAGAGCUUCUUGAACCGGUUGUCCUCGGGGAUGGAAUCCAAUUGCGCAAUCGCAUUUGCAUGGGCACCAUGACGCGCAAUCGAUGCACCAAUGGGAAUAAACCCACCCAAGUAAACGUCAAGCAUUACGCCGACCGAGCGCGGGACGGCACCGGACUUAUCGUCGCAGAGGGAACCUUUAUCUACCCGAGUGGUGUCGAAUGGCCCAAUGCGCCUGUGAUGUACAAUGAUAGCCACGCAGAAGCUUGGACCAAGGUAACAAGCGAGGUGCACAAGGUCGGGGGAAAGAUCCUCUUCCAGCCAUGGCACCCAGGACGCAUUCAGAAUGAAAAUAUGCCGAUGUUGAAAAAGUCGGGAAAUCCAAUCUAUGCCCCAUCCAAAGUACCUGCCAAGGGCGGAAAGUAUCGUACAUUGGAGGGACUUCCAGGCCACACUCACAACAUCACCGAGAUCGAUGACCCAGAAGCCAUUAUCGAGCAAUACCGGCAUUCUGUCACGGUGAGUACGCAGGGGCAGACGGACGCAUCGUGGAUAGGGCAAUCGGAGCUGACACGGCGGCUAACUAGCGGGCACUCGGAUACACGCAGUGACAAAUACGGUGGCUCUGUUGAGAAUCGCUGCCGUUUCCCGCUCGAGGUGCUCGAUGUCAUCAUUAAGGACUGGGGUCCUCGAGCAGAGACAUAUACAUACUUCCUCAAGGAGCUGAUGCGUCGCGAUCUCGCUUUUAUCGAUCUAUCCCGUCGAGGCUGUGAUGGGAAAGAAUUGCCCCCAAGAUAUGAACCUCUCACUGACUUCGGCCCUCUUAUUAAAUAUCCUGGGAGUCGCACUAUGCUCAUGGUAAACCAUGAGUACACAGUCGAGGAGGCAAGAAAUUUGAUCCAGCAGGAGAAGAUCGACCUCGUGACAUUUCCACGGCCUUUUAUCUACAAUCCGGAAGCCUUCCAGGACCUCAUAAAGCGGAUUAAGAAAGGUAUUCCUUUUGCCUCAAAUACUCGCGGUGGUAAGGUGAACUAUGGGCCGUUCCAGGAUCCCAAUGAGAAUUACAAUGACUGA